CACAGAUGGAUUAGCGUGUGGUAGAUCGGCAAAUAUUCGAUAAAUCAUUGCAGUGAAAUGAACGUGGUCAUAAUCCUAUGCCUGUUGUUAUCGGCCAGAGCUGAGGUCAAACUACUCUUGACUGUUCGCGAUUAUGAAAACAAAAACAAUUUGGACAGUCGUCUUCGUAAAUGCGAGGCAUUGAGCUUUUUUGGCGAUAACUGUGAUCCAGUUUUCCAACUGACUGUGCACGUGACAAACAGUCGUAAUGAACGUCAUUUGUUGCUACGGAGAGAAGCCGGGCCAUUUACAAACAAAAAGAUUUUGAAGGAAGUCCUACAGACAUCUUCAACGCAACGAGAAUUCCCUAGUGUAAUAGAAAUUGCUCUGGAUAUCCAUGACAAUGAUGCGGAUGAAGAUCAACUUAUUGCCCGUUUCCGUCGAAUAAUUCCUCUACUCAGAACCGGCCAGUUAGACUUGCAAAUGGGAUCGGACGUAAAAGUGAAGGUGCUUCUGAAAGUGGAAUGUGCCACAAAUUAUUACGGAGAACGUUGUGAAAUUUAUUGUCAACCGAGUCCGCAACUGUGGACCUGCAACAGCUUGACAGGAGCGCGAAUGUGCAAUAAGCCUUGUAUCCAAGGAAGUUGUGUUCUGACCAACACCAGUGCUGUUUGUGUUUGCGCCCCAGGUUGGUCUGGUGAAUUUUGCAGAAUGCCGUCCGACAGCACACUCAUUACAAGCAUGAUUUUACCUGAAAUACCUAUUGAUCCACCCACUGAAUAUGGAAAUGAGGAAGGUGUGGAAGAUUCUGGCGACGUCGAAACCAGUAUUUCGUCAUCAGCUGACGAUUCCAAUUCAGCACCUUCAAUGACAACUCAAACUACGGCGGUUAUGAUUCUUCCCUCGACAGCUUUUGAAGCAGAAACAAAGCGUGAGGAGCUCCCUUCCUUGGAAGAAAACUUGAAAACACGGGAACCAAUGAUGGAACGCCUUCUCCCUCCAAAUAAGACAGAGAGUGUGUGGGAGCCUGACGCUUAUGAGCAGCAUGAAUUUGAUUACUUACUGGCAAAUAUAACAAAGGCAACAUCUGGACACAUCAGUUACAAACACAAGGUGUACAUUGUAGCGGUGGUUGUAUUGGUUGUUAUUGCAGUUUGCCUGGCAUUUUCUCUUGUCGGAGGGAUCUUAUUCUACCGCUUACGGUUGCAAAAACGUGGAUCUGAUCACUCUGGCUCAAUAUGGACAAAUACCAGCUACGAUAUCAGCUCAGGAUCUCUUUUGAAACCAUUCACUCUGGACUAUCCUGCUGGAUUGCACAAGUAUGAAAACACAUUAGGAAGUCCGAACCAAAGUGUUAGAACCAACUCCACGUUAUCUGGCAGUAUCAUACUACCACGUUCAGGCUCUGGGAUCCGUACCACAUUGCCAAAUAUCCCGAGUGACCCAUUGGGGGAACAUACGCCGCCACCGGUUUUCACCGGAACAAAGAUCAGAUUCGCAGCCACCACAGACUCGCAACGUUCAUCCACCCACUGCUCUUUACAAGAACGUCCAUCUCUCUGUGUUCAGCAAUCUCCAAAUAACACAGAACCCUACGAAGAACUCUCCGCUCAACCUGGCGAGUACUCGAAUUGGAGAUCCGAGCCUUCUACGGAAACAACUCAAACUGCCUCAACUGUUGAAACGACCACCGCCCGUAAUCCUUAGAGAAAGGAUCCGAUGUCGAUGAGUGUGUUCCCUUCGUGGUACUCCCUGCCAUGUACUUCGAGAAGUAAUGAGCUGAGUACAUUACAAAUACAAAACUUUAAAUUUAGUACAGGAAUAACGUGAACCACAAACUGAACCGGGGAAACGGCAUGAGCACUGGAAUAAGCACACAAAUAUAAGAAUUCAUCCUGACAUAUAAAAAGCGUACAAACCAAAAUGGAUUUUUGAUUGCUGUAUGAAUGCCAUAUUUUACAUAGAAGCCUUUACCGUUUAUUAUUGCCUUUCUGUCGAUUUAACCCAUCAAAAUAUUUUUACUCCUGGACAUGCCUGUGGACCACAACAACUGUCGUGUCGCCCUCUACGUUUACCUGCCAAUGUGUUAAGAUCUUUACCUUCAGAGACCGUAGGUGUUUGUUCCUACAUUUGUGGAAGUGCUACAAAAUUCCACUUGCUUAUUCGCUGGCUGAACUGGUUAGAUCUGAUUUCGUCAUAUUAUCGGACGUUACAGACGUUUUUUUAUUUUUUUAAUUCUGAGGUGGGUAGUUUGGCCGGAUAUAGACUUGUUAUGGCUGUUUUUGCGAAAAAG